GAGCUUGCUUGCGUCGGUUGGGCAACGUUUUGUUUACGUUCUUGCUAGCUAGCCAGCUAGAGGUUCACCACCCACAACACAACGGUUUAACUGUGUAAGCUAGAGUGAGAGAGGUGGAAAAAAUUGGUGUAAAGGAGUGCUAAAUUAUUAGUGGAUUGUUGAAGGUGCAAAAUCGGUGCUGCUAAGGUGAAAAUUGGCAAUUCUUCCCCGGUACGGUGCAACCAACGCGACUACAGGAGAUUCUGGCGUCUGGUUCAAAGAAGCAGGAAUUCGUGCAGCACACGGGAGUCAUCUGCAGUGAAGCGUAAAACGCAAUAUAGGUUUGGUUCCUCUUCUGCUAAAGGUACUCUACGGAGUUGGAAGUCCAAUUGGAAAAAAGGGCACAGCAAGGGACACUUCGAUGGCUGAUGAGAUAAUCGAUCCCAGUACAAUUUGGAUGGGUUGAUUCUGCAGUGAGACUGCAGCAGAAUUCAUUGAAAAAAUUGAAAAUCUAUUUCUCAUAAAACCUUUCGCUAGAAAGUGUUCUGACUAACGGGAAUAUAAUUCGACCUGCACGGUAGCUAUUUAAUUUUAAAUCAAGCGAUUUAGACGCUUAGUAGGAGCGAGCAUUUCUUUUUGUAUGAUUCUGUUUUUCAUUGUCUAACGCAGACGAAAUAUUUUAGCCCGACAGUGAAAAAUUGGGCGUAUAAGUCAGAGAAUUUCGGUGAGGUAUAGAGGAAGAACCGGGAAAGCAACCGGGAACGGAACGGAAGUGGGCCAGGUGUGUGGUAAGCGACGAGUGCGGCAAGGUUGAAAGUGAUCCGAGCGGAAGAAGAGGGCGAGUGUGCGAUGAAAUAAACCACCCGCAAGAAACAUCCAAAAAGUGAACCAUUUGGAAGAAGCCAAACCAACAAAAUCGUAAAAGCAAAAAAGAAAAAAAAAUCAUAUAAAUUAAAGUGUGUGUGCUGCGUCUUGGUCUGUGGGUGUCCUCUGGGAAAACGUUGAAAAGUUCAAUCUGCAAGAUUUAAUUCCUCAAAACAAAGGGGAUAAAGAAAAAGAGCGUUUUUCCUCAACCCCAUCUCGAGAGUGAGUGUGAUUUGAUUUGCCAAAAGAGCAAAUUCAGCGGUGAAACCUUCUUCGGUAAAAGAAUGAUCGAUUGCGGGGCUUGAUUGUUUGAGGAAAAAUCAAUAUUCCGUCGGAGCAAAUAAUAUAGGGUGUGAGUGCGAGCGAGUUGCAAAACCGCGAAUAAGUUUAAGCACAAGAAAUCAGUUUCAAUAUAUUCAGAAUCAAGAUAAGUUUUGUCAAAAAGCUACAACACAGCUGAACCAUGGCUCUGGAGGAAACCCAAAACGGGACGGCUGUCCAGCCGAAGGAUGCCUCCCAGAAGCAGCAACUGCAGCCAUCCUCGUCCAGCGAAAAGCUGAACCUGGUGGCCAAUGGAACCGAAAAAUCUAGGAGCAAUAACAAACAGAACGACACAAACACAGCCUUCCUGAGGGCAGCACGGGCAGGAGAUCUUCAAAAACUGGUAGAGUUCCUAGAAACGGGACAAGUCACAGACAUCAACACAUGCAAUGCAAAUGGUCUCAAUGCGCUGCACCUCGCCGCCAAAGAUGGCCACUACGAGAUCGUGCAGGAGCUGCUGCAGCGAGGCGCCAACGUCGAUAAUGCCACCAAAAAGGGCAACACGGCACUUCACAUAGCCUCGCUGGCCGGGCAGAAGGAGAUCAUCCAGCUGCUGCUGCACUUCAAUGCCUCCGUUAAUGUGCAAUCUCAGAAUGGCUUCACCCCCCUCUACAUGGCCGCCCAGGAGAAUCACGACGAGUGCGUGAACCUGUUGCUGGCGAAAGGAGCGAAUCCGGCCCUGGCUACGGAGGACGGAUUCACACCUCUGGCCGUAGCAAUGCAGCAAGGUCAUGACAAAGUCGUUGCGGUUUUGCUGGAAAGUGAUACCCGGGGUAAGGUGAGGCUGCCGGCACUGCACAUCGCGGCCAAGAAAGACGACGUCAAGGCGGCGUCCCUUCUUCUAGAGAAUGAACAUAAUCCAGACGUGUCGUCGAAAAGUGGUUUCACACCGCUGCACAUAGCCGCCCACUACGGCAAUGUCAAUGUCGCCCAGCUGCUAAUCGAAAAAGGUGCCGAUGUGAACUUCACAGCCAAGCACAACAUCACCCCGCUGCACGUGGCCUGCAAGUGGGGUAAACUGAAUAUGGUCUCACUACUCAUUAAACACAAAUCCCGCAUAGACAGCGUGACGCGGGAUGGUCUCACGCCGCUCCAUUGCGCUGCACGGUCCGGGCACGAUCAAGUGAUCGAGCUGCUGCUGGAACACGCGGCGGAUAUCAUUGCCAAGACCAAGAAUGGACUGGCCCCUCUUCACAUGGCAGCCCAGGGAGAGCAUGUGAGUGCGGCGAAAAUUCUUCUGGUCAACAAAUCUCCCGUCGACGACAUCACCAUUGACUAUCUGACAGCACUUCACGUAGCUGCCCAUUGUGGUCACGUAAAGGUCGCCAAACUUCUGCUGGAUCGGAAUGCCGAUCCGAAUGCCCGAGCACUGAACGGCUUUACACCGUUGCAUAUAGCGUGUAAGAAAAAUCGAAUAAAAGUGGUCGAACUGCUGCUUAAACACGGUGCUACUAUCAGUGCUACCACCGAAAGUGGUCUAACGCCGCUGCACGUGGCCAGUUUCAUGGGUUGUAUGAACAUUGUGAUCUACCUGCUGCAACACGAUGCUAGUCCCGAUAUUCCGACGGUGCGGGGAGAAACCCCACUUCAUUUGGCCGCCCGAGCGAAACAAAGCGACAUAAUCCGGAUUCUGCUGCGGAACGGGGCCUACGUCAAUGCCCAGGCUCGGGAAGACCAAACGCCGCUGCACGUUGCGUCCAGAAUCGGAAACGUUGACAUCGUGAUGCUGUUGCUGCAGCACGGAGCCAAAAUCGACUCGGUCACCAAGGAUAACUACACUCCACUGCACAUCGCAGCCAAGGAAGGUCAGGAUGAUGUGGCUGCUGCUCUUUUGGACAACGAUGCCAACAUGGAAGCUGUCACGAAGAAAGGUUUCACCCCGCUUCAUCUGGCGGCCAAGUAUGGUAACUUGAAGUGUGCCCAGCUCCUGCUAGAUCGAGGAGCCAAGGUGGACGUCCAAGGAAAGAAUGGCGUAACGCCGUUGCACGUUGCUAGUCACUACGAUCAUCAGAAGGUUGCGCUACUGCUCCUCGAGAAGGGUGCAUCUCCGUACUCUCCGGCCAAAAACGGCCACACUCCGUUGCACAUCGCGUCUAAGAAGAAUCAAAUGGACAUCGCCAAUACUCUCAUCGAGUACAAGGCCGACGCCAACGCGGAAAGCAAAACCGGAUUCACUCCGCUGCACCUGAGCGCCCAGGAAGGACACCGAGACAUGUCGGACCUGUUGUUGCGAAAUGGUGCCAAUCCCAACCACCCUGCCAAAAACGGACUCACUCCGUUGCAUCUUUGCGCACAAGAAGACCAUAGUGAUAUUGCUAAGACCCUUCUGGAUCAGGGGGCCCAGAUUGAUCCCUCGACAAAGACCGGCUUCACUCCCCUCCACGUGGCGGCCCACUUUGGUCAGAUCAAUAUGGUUAAGUUCCUGCUCGAAAACGAUGCUAACAUCGAAAUGAAGACCAACAUUGGCCACACCCCGUUGCAUCAGGCGGCGCAGCAGGGUCACACCUUGAUCAUCAAUUUGUUGUUGAAGAAAAAGGCUAAUCCGGAAGCUGUGACCAAUAGUGGUCAAACGGCUUUGUCCAUAGCCGACAAACUCGGCUAUAUUACGGUGGUGGAGACGCUGAAGGUGGUUACGGAAACCAGUGUCACUCAAACUGUGGACGAGAAGUUCAAAAUCGUUGCUCCGGAAACCAUCCACGAGACGUUCAUGUCGGAUUCGGAAGAUGAAGGCGAAGAUCCGAUCAUGUCUGAUCAGCAACAGUACAACUACAUGGCGAGUGACGAAAAUAAACAGUUUGAUGACACCAACAUAACCAACCUGAGCAUCGAUCCGAUGAAGGACGAGAAGUACAUCGAGAAGAUAAUCUCCAGUGCCGAAAGGAACACCUCGAUAGCCCCGCGCGAGAGCACACCCAAUCCGCUGGACAUCACCGUCACCGACAAUGUCAACAUCACCCGGAAGCCGAUUCACGUUGGCAGGACACUGUUUAUCCGGUUCCUGGUUUCGUUCCUGGUCGAUGCCCGGGGUGGAGCCAUGCGCGGAUGCCGGCACAGUGGCGUCCGGGUGAUCGUUCCUCCGAGGUCGGCCGCCCAGCCAACCCGCAUCACUUGCCGGUAUGUUAAGCCGAAUCGGAUCACAAAUGCACCGCCACUGAUGGAAGGUGAAGCGCUGAUCAGUCGGAUUCUGGAAUUGGCACCGGUCGGUGCGAAGUUUUUGGGGCCAGUCAUCAUUGAAGUUCCACACUUUGCUUCACUGAGAGAUAAGGAGCGUGAGAUUAUCAUACUACGAUCGGACAAUGGAGAAACGUGGAGGGAGCACACCUUGUACGACAGUGAAGAAGCCAUCCACGACGUUCUGAACGAAACGUUCAAGGGGGAUACGUUGAACUUCCUUGAGGAUCUGCACACCAAUAGAAUCACUCGUAUCCUAACGAAUGAUUUCCCCCAUUACUUUGCUAUUGUGUCCCGUAUUCGGCAGGAAGUUCACGCUAUUGGACCCGAGGGUGGCACCGUUUCUGCCACAGCAGUUCCAUUGGUACAGGCGAUCUUCCCGGAGUACGCGCUGACCAAGAAGAUCCGCGUCGGGCUGCAGGCUCAACCGAUCGAUAUGAACGCAACGGCGAAUCUACUUGGUCGCAGCGUGGCGGUUUCUCCGGUGGUCACGGUUGAGCCGAGGCGUCGAAAGUUCCACAAGGCAAUUACCCUCAGCAUGCCGGCCCCGAAAGCCUACAACUCGGGCAUGAUCAAUCAGUACUCGGGUAAUGCCCCGACCCUUCGACUGCUCUGCUCGAUCACCGGAGGCCAGAACAAGGCCGUCUGGGAAGACGUUACCGGUUCCACGCCGCUAACCUUUGUCAAUGACUGCGUUUCAUUUACAACGACCGUAUCAGCACGAUUCUGGCUGAUGGACUGCCGUAAUAUCAACGAAGCCACCAAGAUGGCCACGGAUCUGUAUUCCCACAUGUCCCAUGUUCCUUUCAUGGUCAAGUUUGUAGUAUUUGCCAAACGAGUAGAUCAAAGUGAAGCCAAACUCAGUGUGUUCUGUAUGACCGACGACAAGGAAGACAAGACCUUAGAGCAGCAGGAACAUUUUACCGAAAUCGCCAAAUCACGAGAUGUGGAGGUGUGCGAAGGUCGGAUCAUCUAUUUGGAGUUCGCCGGCAAUAUCGUACCAGUGUUGAAGAGCGGCGAACAACUUUCAAUCACAUUCAAUGCGUUCAAAGAAAAUCGACUCACCUUCCCCGUUAAAAUUAAGAACAAUCUGGACGAUCUUCUCGGUCGCAUUUCAUUCAUGAACGAACCCAAAGUGGCCAAAGGGGAGAUGACUCCAACGCCGCUGUGCACACUGAACUUCACUCUGCCUCCCGAAAAAUAUGGCCUGGGUGGCGACGAACUGGAGACGGGCUCCGAAUUCGACCAAAGCUCCACCGAAGUCUUGAACAUCGAUCAGCAAGCCAUCGUCAAUGCAGCCAAUCGUAGCAAAACUUUGAACUUCACCUUCCAGAACGGUGACGGCACCAGCGACAUUCACAAAGCAGACAUCAAAAUUACCGAUAUAUGCAAUCUUCUUGGUUCGGACUGGCCUCUGCUAGCAGAGGAACUCCAGAUCCUGCCCAGUGAUGUCGACCUUAUCAAGGCAGAAUAUCCCAACGAUGAGGCCCAACAGUCCAUCGUAAUGUUGCGGCUUUGGCUCCGCCAAGCUGGCCGCGAUGCCACUGGAAACGUUCUCGAGCAAGCUCUCAUCAAAAUCAACCGACCAGACAUUGUGAACAAAUCCAUCAGCAAUCUGGAACUGGUCACGGACGAACGUGAACGGAAGCUGGCCAAGCAACAGCUGGGCUCGACAAACGGCAUCGACGAGGUUGAUCCGGCCAAACUGAAUGGCGUUGAAAAACCGGAACACUCGUUGGAAAAUUCGUUCCAUGAACCAGCGGAAGAGAAGCAGGAACACGAAACCGACGAGAAAACCCACAGCAAGGAAUCGUCGGCUUCCUCCCCAGACAACACCGAAGCCUUCCAGCAGAUUCGGAGGGAAAGUGCAAUCAUGGGUAUCGCUUCGUCGACCCGGAACGAAGAUCUAGCCACCCCGCCACCCAGUCCAGCAGAGUUUAACAUCUCCCCGCAACAGCAACUUCCACCGUUGGAAACCAGCAGCGAAGCAGUGAAAGUGCAAGAACCAUCGACUCCGAUCGUGGCGGAAGAGGUACAGGAAAUCAUUCAAGCGGCCAUUGCCGGCCACGACGAUACCGGCGGCGUAGAUGAAGAGGACGAAUUUGUGCCCGUUCCGGAACUCAACCCGGUCCAUCGGAUAGUGAUCCAGAAGCCGUCCUUCGACAGCUACGGCAGCGAAGAGGAUGAAGGAACCGGGUCGGAAGAUUUCGAACAGCUAGACUUGGAAACGGACAAAAGUGGAAAGGUGCGAACCAUCAAGAAGCACUCCAAGGUAAACAUCAAGAUCAACAAGCAGAUUGCUCAGAGGCCCACGGUGGAGGACAUCGAGUGGGAAGCUCCUCCUGCCAACCCAGAUGAACCAUCGGUAGAGAUGACAGAGGAAGUCGUAACGAAGGAAAUUUCAUCCGUCAACCUGGAGGAUGUGUCCAACGAUCGGAGGUACAGCUUGGACAACAUGGACUCAGAAUCUGCCUCGCUACGAGUAGACGCUGGCCGUUUCUACGAAAAAUCUUUCUCCACUCCCGGCGAGGAACAGAAGGCCCAACAGACUGUGAUCAUUUCCUCCGAUAAUAACAUCUCGGAAGUGGCGGCCGAUUAUUCCGGGGACAUCGACGAGUUCAUUUUCGUCCAGACAUCUCCGGAGAACUACGCCAAAAUGGAAAAAGAUCAAAACACCACGGAUGAGGAUGACAACAGCAAUCUGGUCAUCAUCACCGAGGAACACUACGAUUACGAAAUGGACGACGAUCGACGGUCCAGUGUUAUCGAUCAAUCUCCCCAAGAUGACGAUGAAGAUCAAUCUCCUCAGAAGUUCAUCGUUGGAGGCAGUAGUUCCGAGAGUGAUGAAGACAACCGGCGGCACGUCGGCCUAGAUCAAUCGUCCUCAAACCAUUACCCCAUGCAAACCCCCUCCGUCGAAAUCACAAAACCAGACAACACUAAGGAGGGCGCCACCGCAACAUUCUCCAUUCGGACCGGUUGCUCCUCCAGCGGUUCCGACGUGGCCCUCCACGAAACCGGCGGCGAACUCAGUGAUGACGAUGAAACAGGUAAAGUCAGCACUAUCAAGCAGCCGCCGUCAGAUAGCGAUCAAGCAGCAGCAGCACCAAGCCUAAUUUCUAGCACCGAAGCAAAGCCUUCGAAUGUAAUGCCACUGGCCGAAGCCGCCCAAUUAGUAGCUAAUAAGAGCAACCAAGCGCAACCGUCAAGCGAAUUGCACCAGCAAACGCAAACGCAACCGCAACAAGCACAUCCGCAGCACCGCGAAGCCCAAGAAGGUGCCCAGGUAAAGCCAGAACUUGAUGGCGACCUGAACUUGAUGAUGAACUCGCUGGACAUUGACCACCGGCACCAGAAGCUGGUGGAGCUUGAUUGCGAUAAUCUCCUCGAGGACGAACAGUAUCCCGAGGACGAUGGCAACUUGCCCAGUGAGGAGGACAACUCAGCCUCGCUGAGGGUGGAAUUCGGUCAAGCCCCAGCGCCAUCCGACAGCGAUCUACUACUGCUCGAUUUCACCAACGGAGACAGUUCCAAUGAUCCAUUGAUCUCUUCUCAAUCACCACCGGUGAUGGCCAUCACAUCUUCUUCCGAUUUCGUUGACGAACACCCCAUUGCGGAUGGUAAAAACUAUCUAGUGCAAAAUACCGACCAGCUGGCGGGAGUGGAACCAAGUGAACCCCCAACCAACGACCAGGGAACCUGCCGGACCGACACCAAUACCUUCGUUAACGAAUCGGAUGAUGGUUCCGUUCGAACGACCGUUAUCACGACGAUCAAGACGAUCACAGCCAGUGCACCGGACCAGUCUAUCCCGGAGGAUCUGCAGCAACAGUUGCUGGAACAGCUACAAUCGGUGGCCGCUAACAGUCAAAACAUCGACGGAUCGAACACCGUGAUCACAACCAUGACGACUACCAGUAGCAGCGAAGAGGAAGCACGGGAUGCCCCCCAUCCACAGCAGAUCGAUGGUUCCGGAACACUGGCUGGAGCGCCGGAUCAGAACGGAACAGCGACGACGACGACGACGACGACCAAGACAACGACCACAACCAAAACCAUCACGCUCACCUCGACCGAUGCCGACUUUCCGGAGGAUGAACUGCUGCAGAAAAUAACGACGACGACGCAGCUGCUGCAGCAAGCCGGUUCCCCGGACAUCCGAGAAACGCGAACCGUCACCGUCACGGAAGUGGUCGAUGGCAAGCCAACCGAUCAACCCUCGAUCAAUUCGAUCGUGGACGAGUUUAUGAACGAGGAGCGCAAGAAUUGAAUUACGCAGGCGUAGAAAUGGGAUGAUACUGCUUAACGAGUUUUAUUCUUUGGUGAUGUUUUUUGGACGAAACAGUACGAAUCUGCUUCACAAUCGACAACUCGAAGCACCGACAGGGGGCGAUACUUUGUUUUAACUUUACUGGAAUAAGUUAUAUUAAACAAAAGUAUUCCCCCAUGUAGACAGAUUUUUAUUGUAGCUAUUGUGAUUUUAAAUUCUAGAUUUUAAAAUUCAAAAUAAAACAAAUUACGUCACAAAUUUUCAAUUCUAACUCAGUGCACACCGUAGGAAGAAAAAAAUCAUCUAAAAAUAUAAUUAUAUAUUUGCAAAUUGAGGGUGUUUGUUGCGAAGAAGCUCUAAAACUACCAGAUAGAACACUUAGAAACGUCCCACACAAAAGUGAUUGAUUCUUGAUACCAACCCCUAAUUUAUGGUGCCUCCCCGAUGGACGCUUUCAUAAUAUAGUCCUCCGGAAAGAAAAGCAACAACGCUUUGACUAAACUUGGAAGUGAGAUCGCGCGAAACUUCAGCGCUGCAAGCAAAUGGAGUUGUAAAAAAUCACACCACUGAAAAUUAAACCUAAUGGAUCAUUGAGUAACAAAAAAAAACAGUGUGAGAAGAGAUAAUUUAUUUUGCUACCAGUUUAUUUUUCAAAAAAGUCCUUUGGCUGAGCGAAGAAAUGCAUAAAUAAGGUGCAAUACACCUGUACAAGAUAUUUUAUGGUAUCGUUUGCAAAAUGAAUAUUUUAGAAGGAACCUCUAAAAUCAACCUGAACUUAACCUGAAUUUUUGAUUGGUUCAAAAAUAAUUCAAAUAGGUGAGAAACGGUCAAGCGAUUAAGUUUCCUUCCCUAUUAACAAGAAGGGAAUAAAUUGAUAAAAUAAUCUAGAUGUUCACAUUAAAGGUCAAGUUCAAUCUACAGCAUCAAACAAAACAAAACAAAACAAAACAAAAAAAAUACAUUGAAGAAGGAAAGUAAAGCUUAAACAUUUUCGCUUGAUAAACUCUAUCUUGCAGAUACAAAGUCCUGUCUAGAAUGUAACACGAACGUUUUCUGCUUCCUUCCUCUGACUAUCUUCAGUGCCCCGAAUCGUAACGUAGAUGUCACUACUAUAAAAACAGUAUUUUUAAGAACAAGUUUUGCUACUUUUGUUUUUAAAUGUUGUUUUCCUUUGUUUUUGCCCCGCGCAUGUGUGUGGAACUAUUUAUUAGUAGAGUUCGAUAACAUUAAUUUAUAUAUUUUCCCAUGUUUUAUUUAAUUUCUUGUUCCAUUAUACUUUUAUUUGUACAGACCAUUAAUAUACUUUGAAAGGUGUCUCUUUUCUCAGGACUGCCAGAACGUUGGGGAACAAAUUCUGGCAGCUAUCAGUAUUUUCCAAACAGCUUCUGUCUGCUUCCGUUUUAAGUUCCAGUUAGCCUUUGUUUUUAUCAGUAAUCGGAUUGAUUUCCCUUGUAAUUACUAAGUACCAUAAUAUUAGAGAGAUGAAGAAAAAAAAAUCAAACAAGCCCCGUCCCCAUCUACAACAAAACUCUACAAACACAUACUUUCAAGUCAUGCUGCCAGAUUUCGUUUGUUGAUUGAGAGAAACAAAAACAAAAAAACACAACCGAUCCGGUUGUAGCUUAUGAACCUGAAAAAGCAACUAUCUAAAGCUCUAUGUGCUUGAAAAAAAAACCUACAAUUCAAUCGCAUAAAAAAACUACUAUCACAUACGCAGUACACA